UCAAUAUAUAUUAUUUUGUUCCGCUCGUUUUAACCCGAAACCCUAUCCGGCUGAUCAAGACGCGCCUGCUACCGGCACGCAGUUCAAAAACGGGAAGCGGAGUGAUACAAUACACACGAUCGUUGUCCCUAGUUGUCAAACCAGGGGAGGGUAGGCUACCUGAGCGAACAAGUCGCGUAGGUUGGGAAUGAAUAUAGAAAUUGGACAAAUAACUAAUUUGAUCUGCUGAAAUGACAGUUUUCAAUGCGGGAUCUAUAUCAUUUAGUUGAUUACUGCUGUUCCAUUGCAGCAGCUGCUGAUAUUUUUUUCCCCGUUUGUUCUCUUGGACGAUAAAAAGAUGAUCAUUAUAGUACUCCGUUACAGUGCCUAAGUUGUCAGUGAGCUGUCGGGGCGUGGCGGCAUGCGAUCCCCCUGAGCAAGACAGCGCCCUCCAGAGGUGACAGCAGGGAGGACAGGCAGCAGGAUGCCAGUGCAGGCGGCCCAGUGGACAGAGUUCCUCUCCUGCCCCAUCUGCUACAACGAGUUUGACAGCAGCGGCCACAAGCCCAUCAGUCUGGGCUGCUCGCACACUGUGUGUAAGACCUGUCUGCAGAAGCUGCACCGCAAGGCCUGUCCCUUCGACCAGACAGCCAUCAACACUGACAUCGACCUCCUGCCAGUCAACAGUGCCCUGCUACAGCUGGUGGGAGCUCAGCCAGGUGUGGUGACCCUCAGUCCGAGCGUACUCAGUCGGCCCAUGCAGAGGAAGCUGGUGACACUCGUCAACUGUCAGCUGGUGGAGGAGGAGGGGCGGUUGCGGGCGGUGCGGGCGGGCAGGUCGCUAGGGGAACGUACCGUCACAGAGCUCAUCCUGCAGCACCAGAACCCACAGCAGCUCUCUGCUAACCUGUGGGCUGCCGUCAGAGCACGGGGAUGCCAGUUCCUGGGGCCUGCCACGCAGGAGGAUGCUCUGAAGCUGGUGCUGUUGGCGCUAGAGGACGGCUCAGCUCUGUCCAGGAAAGUUCUGGUCCUUUUUGUGGUCCAGAAGCUGGAGGCUCGGUUCCCUCAGGCCUCCAAAACCUCCAUAGGACAUGUGGUCCAGCUACUCUACAGGGCCUCCUGCUUUAAGUUGCCCAUUCGGUCACAGAGUCACAGUCACAGAGGGACAGUCACAGAGGGACAGUCACAGAGGGACAGAGACCUCAUCCACAAGUCACACAUGCAGUCUAUCAUCGAUAAGGUAGGAGACCUCAUCCACAAGUCACACAUGCAGUCUAUCAUCGAUAAGUUAGGAGACCUCAUCCACAAGUCACACAUGCAGUCUAUCAUCGAUAAGCUCCAGUCCCCAGAGUCCUUUGCAAAGAGUGUCCAGGAGCUGACGAUAGUUCUACAGAGAACAGGAGACCCAGCCAAUCUGAACAGCCUCAGACCACAGCUGGAACUACUGGCCAACAUCGACCACAACCCAGGUAGACACAGUACAGAUCAAUCCACACCUUUCAGCUCAGGGCCUGGCGAACCCAGCAGCUUCCCCUCUCCAUCCUCUCCAUCUCUCCACCCUGUCCAUCUCUCCACCCUCUCCCUCCCCCUUUCAAGGAACAGAAUGAGAAACAAGAAGAUCAGUGGCGUGGGCCGGCCCUUCCCCCUAGCCCAGGGGAGUAUGGGUAGUGAGGGGGGCGACUCAGGAGAGGAGGCCUGCACUGGGGGUCUGAAGAGCUCAGAUAAGGGGGGGUCAGGGUCCCUAAAGGAGGGGGCCACACCCUCCCAGCUCAUCCCCAGGGGAGGGGAUAUGAUGGAGGAGAUGAAGAGGGAAAGGUCUGUACUUAACGGGUCCACAGGCUCCAGCCGCUCCUCAUCUGGCUCUAUGGAACAGAAGUCUAUUUCUCCUCCAAAGACACCGGUCAAUUCCUCCUCAGCUCCUUCUCCCUACGGCCCAGGGUCUAGACUAGAAUGUGACUCUGCACACCCCAAACAGGCCCACUACCUAAUGAUAAGACCCCUUCCUCAGCCCCCUCCCCACCAACCUCAGUCCUCUGAACUGUGUUACCAGGACCCCCGACCUCCCUACGACGUGCAGCCCUACCAGCCAGCCAGUAACGGCUACCCCUCUGCGAUACACAACCACAAACCCUGCGUGGCUCGCUUCCUCCGUUCCAGCCACGUCCCAGAGUCCUCUCUACCUCCCUCCAUGGCCCCUCUGUACUCAGAGCAGUACCCCUCCUUGCCCCCACCACGGGACCACGCUGGUCCCUCUCCCUACAGUCCCCCACCGGUCCCCCAGUACGGGCCCCUGGCCCCAGCCCACGGUGGCUACGCUCCCCUGUAUGACAGCCGGCAUAUGUGGAGGCCCCAGCUCUACCACCGCGAGGACACCAGGAGUAACUCGCUGCCUCCCGAGGUGCUGCACUCCUCUGUGUACCAGCCCCCCCUCCGAGAGAGAUACGCCUCCCUGGACAGCCCCUACUGCUCAGCGGGGGAGCACAGAGCAGCACUGAACAGGGUACAGUUACUGUAUAGCCUCCUCUGCAAGCACGCAGUACAGGACUCUUUAGGCGUGUUCCUCGUUGGAUGCGAGGAUCUGUUGCAGCGGAAACAGGAGCAGUGGGCACACCAUCACCACGGCAACGUGAACAGGCCCUCCCAGUCCUCCCCAUCUUCACCGUUAGACUUGUGGUGCAGAGAAGUAGACAAUGGUGAAAGGACGCGGUGCUACACACGUUUGAGCCCUACCGCCGUUCUGAAAGACGAGAACCCCAGCAUACCGUUUGAGCCCUACCGCCGUCUGAAGACGAGGACCCCAGGCAUACCGUUUGAGACCUACGCCAUGAGGAUUCCACAUACCGUUGAGACCUACCGCCGUCUGAAAGACGAGGACCCCAGCAUACCGUUUGAGACCUACCGCCGUCUGAAAGACAAGGACCCCAGCAUACCGUUUGGAGAGGGGCCCAUCAUACCAUUUGGAGAAGGGCCUAUCAUCUCCAAAUGGGGGGCGAUAUCCCGCGCCUCCCGUACAGGGUACCACACCACCGACCCGGUCCAGGCCACAGCCUGCCAGGGAAGCAACAGCACCAUCCCCAUCAACUUCAGAGGUGAGGAGGGGAUGGGGGAUUGGAGUUCAAAUGUAAAGGAAUAA